AUGGAUGCUGUUAGAAUCCGAGAGGAUUCUGAUUUUGGUUUUUCAGCACAUGCAGCUCUCAAUUUGUUGAAGGAAGUGCAAGUUGAUGCGAUAAUCGGUCCUCAAACAUCUGCACAAGCAAACUUUGUGAUUGGUCUCGGAGGUUCGGCGAAAGUGCCCGUCAUUUCGUUCACGGCAACAAGUUCUUCUCUCCGCCCUCAAACUCCAUAUUUCGUCCAAACAGCCAUAAACGAUGCUGCUCAAGCCGAUGCCAUCGCUGCCGUAGUUAAGUACUUCCGUUGGUAUCAAGUUGUUUUCGUGUACGAAGAUUCUGACUACGGCAAUGGGAUCAUACCUUACUUGUCCAAUGCAUUUCAACUAGUGAACGCUCGUGUUUCGUACAGAAGCGUUAUUCCCGUCUCGGCAAGUGACGAUUUCGUCCUCAAAGAGAUGUACAAGAUGAAAUCAAUGCAGACAAGGGUGUUUGUGGUGCAUGCUUCGAGAUCGGUUGCUUCUAGAAUCUUCCUCAAAGCGAAGGAAGCAGAAAUGAUGAGUGAAGGCUACGCGUGGAUAGCAACCAGCGGCCUCGUGGAUUUAUUCUACUCGUUGGACUCGAAAGUCGUAGAGUCCAUGCAAGGAGUUGUUGGCGUAAAACCUCUUGUUCCAAGAUCGAGUAAACUCGAUUCCACCACUAUAAGGUGGAAGAAGAAGUUUGCAGAUGAUAAUCCAGGAAUUACUCCACAAGACGAGAUUAACCUUUACGGGUUAUGGGCUUAUGAUACGUUGUGGGCAUUGGCUAUGGCUGCUGAGAAAACCGGAUUUAAGGAGCCGGCUUCUUUGCCAAACGCAACUUCUCUCAACUCUACCGACAUGUUUGUUACUGAAACGUCACAAACAGGCCCGAAACUACUUGCAGCAAUGUUGGAUACUAAAUUCGAAGGUCUCGCCGGGAAUUUCAAUUUGGUUAACGGGCAAUUAGAGUCGUGGUCUUUCCAAAUAUUGAAUGUAAAUGGGAAUGCGCUGAGAGAAGUUGGAAUAUGGAAACCAUUUUCGCAAAUUUCGAGUCAAAGGAACACGAACAUGACGGGUUUUGUAGGUGAGAAAUUGGAGAAUAUUAUAUGGCCCGGAGAAUCGAGGAAUGUACCAAAGGGAUGGGAGGUUCCGGUAAGUGGUAAGAAGCUUAGAGUUGGAGUUCCGGUAGACAUUGGUUUUGCAGAAUAUGUAAAUGUACAAAAGGAUCCUCAAACAAAUGCUACCACAGUUACUGGAUACUACAUCGAUUUGUUCGAUUCUGUCAUGGCGGCACUGCCUUAUUCGGUCCGAUACGAAUACGCCCCGUUUGAAAAAUCCGACGGAUCUAUUGCUGGGAGCUACGAUGACUUAACCUACCAAGUGUUUAAUGGGAUUCGAAAUGUCCGUUUGCAACCUGAUAUUGCGGAUCGUUUGGUUUUCACACUUACGUACGGAUUAUGGAAAAAAUUCUUUGAAAGUGUAUUGGGAGUAUUGUCGUGA